CCCCUUUCCGAAUCAGACAACAUAUCUUUCUCCAAGAUGGCUGUCAAGGUAAAGGGUGGAAAAGACAAAAAAUCCUCUUCAUCAAGUGGUGGUGGAGGCGGUGGUGGAAAUGGUGGAAUAAAGCGUGUAAAAGGUGAAAAUUUUUAUCGUGAUGCGAAAAAAGCAAAAACGGUAAAGAUGUUAUCGCGAGAUGGUAUUGCAAGUAAGGCAAUCAGAGAUGCAAAAGGAAACAUCAUUCAAGCUGCUGAAUUUCAAAGUAGUGAAGCACUUCCUGGUCGUGUUCAACCUGAUAGAAGAUGGUUCGGUAACACUCGUGUUAUUUCACAAGAUGCUUUGGAUCAUUUCAGAACCGCUUUGCAUUCUCGCGUGGAUGACCCAUACUCUGUUCUUUUGAGGCGUAACAAGCUACCCAUGUCUCUACUGCAAGAAGGCACAGCAACCAAAUCAUCGGGAAAGACAUCCAAUCUUACCUCUGUUGAAUCCUUCGCAAAGACAUUUGGACCAAAUGCCCAAAGGAAAAGACCAAGAUUGGACAACACUUCAUCCAGCUUUGCCGAUUUGGCUGCAUCAAGUGAAGAGGCAGGCGUUGCAGCAGAUGCAAAAGAACUAGCAGCUUGGGAAAAAGCAAAUGGCAUCGGCCUCGUUCCUGCUGAUGCAGAAGUCAAUCUAGGAAUGGAUGGUGAAGCAGUCGCAACUGGAUCGGAUGAUAUCUAUUCAAUGCCGGUCACACGUGGACGUAGUGAACCAGGAUAUAGUAAAGGUCAAUCACGACGAAUCUGGGCUGAAUUAUACAAGGUCAUCGACUCGAGUGACGUGGUUGUACACGUAUUGGAUGUACGUGAUCCACUUGGCACACGUUGUCGCAGUGUCGAAAAGCACUUGAAAGAAGAGAAGCCACACAAACAUUUGAUCUUCUUGCUCAACAAGGUCGAUCUAGUGCCAACAUGGGUUACUGCACGAUGGGUAAAGAUUCUAUCAAAAGAAUACCCGACUAUCGCAUUCCAUGCGUCUAUCAAUAAUUCUUUCGGAAAAGGUUCUUUGAUUCAACUGCUCCGUCAAUUCAGUGUUUUGCAUUCGGACAAGAAGCAAAUUUCUGUCGGUUUCGUUGGUUACCCAAACACCGGAAAAUCGAGUAUUAUCAACACACUCAAGAAAAAGAAGGUCUGCAAAGUGGCACCAAUUGCCGGUGAAACGAAGGUCUGGCAAUAUAUCUCCUUGAUGCGCAGAAUCUAUCUAAUCGAUUGCCCAGGUAUUGUGCCUAUUGGUAUGGGUGAUACAGAGACAGCUACAAUUCUCAAGGGUGUGGUUCGUGUUGAGAAUGUCGAAGGCCCAUCUGAACAUAUCCCAGCACUGAUGGCUCGUGUUAAGCCUGAAUAUCUUCGUCAAACAUACAAUUUGAAAGGAUGGAAGAAUCACGAAGACUUCUUAUCGCAACUGGCACACCGCAUGGGUAAAUUGCUCAAAGGAGGAGAUGCAGAUCUUGAUACGUGUGCCAAGAUGGUGAUCAACGAUUGGGUUCGCGGUAAGAUCCCUUUCUACGUUGAGCCACCGAUGAUGGCCAGAACGGAUGAAUUUGGACUUGCGAACAGCAAAGGAAAAGCCAAAGCUGCCGAGCAAGAAGAACAGCAGGAAGCAAACGAGGACCCUUCCUUGCAACUACCCACAAAACGUACUGUCAAGGGUGUCAGUCAACCGUUGCGGGAGAUUGCCGUUGCAACGAAAUUCUCACAUGCAGACAUGCAUGCUGGAAUGCCGGAAGAUUUCGAAGAAGUCAAUCAAGGUGAUGAAGAUGCUGCAGAAGGGUACGAUGAAGCUUCUAGUGAGGCUGAGGAAGAAUCAGAGGAGGAUGAAGAGGAAGAAGAAGCAGAAGGUGAUGCCUUACCCGAAUUGGCCUGGUCAGACGUUUUCGGUGGAGGCGCCGAAGAAAACGAUGCAGCCAGCGAUGAGGAGGAUGAAGAGGAAGAAGAUGCCGACGAGGAUGAGCAAGACGAUGAAGAAGCUGAAGAAGAGUCUGAAUCGGCUGCAGACAAUUCCACUAGCAAGGAAGAACGCAAGACGACUUCCAAACGCAAAGCAGAGAACUUCUAUGACCGCGUCAAUGUCAAGAACAAGAAUCGUCAAAAGUCCACUCAAAUGCGUGAACUGCAACGAAACAGCAAACAAACCGAACGCGGAAGUCGUAUUGGUGCCAACAAAAAGGCGUCUAGAACAGCUUUCAAGAGACAUUGAUGUUGUCUCAUUAUCUUUUUCUCUUUUUGUAUUAUAUACCCUUGUAUUCCGCUUUGAUAUAUGUACAUUAGCAAUUUUUUUAUGGAAAGCAUCCGUUAGCCAUUUCGAUCAUGAGUGUGAUUGCAUGAGUACAUGUACCGAUCAAAUACGUGAUGUGAGUGCUUCAAGAGCGGCUUUUGUACUGUCCUUUUCCGUCUUGAUUAGCCCACUGAUAGCUUUGAAAUGGGGAUGUUUUGAAUCUAGCAUCAGUUCAAACAGAGCGCUUUCGGAUGUUGUGAUUGUAGCGCCAGCCAAACGCAUUCUUUCGAUGGCAAGUGGAAC